CGUAUAAAUCAAUACGAUUUCUGUGAGUGAACUUUGUCCGAGAUCUUAUCAUUGCACAAACGGAACCAUCCCCAUAGGGGCCACCGGUCACACUGUCUCAGUGACUGAUAACCGUCUGUGUAAGUGGUGGCAGCCAAAACUGAACGGCUAUUAUCAGUCAGCAGUACAACUCCUGGUGAGCUCGUGGAUGCUGCGGGAUUUAAGUGAAAAAUCGAAUCUCGAAGGGUACAGCCUGUUGAUCUGGAAUUGUACUGCCAAAAUUGCAUAACUUUGUUUCGGUCUGUCUGUGUGUGUAUUGGAUGCCAAAUUCGGGCCGAUCAGAAGACCCUCGACAUAAUAAUAUUCAAAUAGCGUCGUUCUGUUGGUUUGGUUCCGGGUGAGAGCGGAAAGUAAAGGUCGAAUUCAUUACACGAAGGUUGCUGGUGAGCUCCAAACAAUUUGAUUCCAAACAGUACACGGUGUUGGUUAAAAUAGUUGGUUGACCAGCGAGAAAAUGACUUCCUUACCUCAGGUCAAUUUGGACGUACCACGAUAUGAUCAAAGUACUUACCUGAAUCGAGCGAAGCAUUUUCUGAUAGUGACUAAUCCGCUCAAUGCAUUCGCGACUGAGGAACAAUUAGACAGAGCCGCCCGAAUUGUCAAGGACUAUCGUGCUGGAAAACCGGUUCCAGAUGUGAACUCAGUGGAUGAGCUGUGGGCCGCCAAAUACUUGUAUGACAGUGCAUUUCAUCCGGAUACCGGCGAGAAAAUGCUGCUGGUCGGCCGAAUGUCCGCUCAGGUUCCGAUGAACAUGACCAUCACCGGAUGCAUGAUGACUUUCUACAAGUCCACCCCGGCCGUUAUCUUCUGGCAGUGGUUCAAUCAGUCGUUCAAUGCCGUAGUCAAUUACACCAACCGUUCCGGAAAAACUCCUAUCAGCCAGGAACAACUACUCACGUCCUACUGUAUGGCCACCGGUGGUGCCUUGGUUACGGCACUCUCUUUGAAUCGGCUCGUUCGCAACGCACCACCACUUGUUGGCCGCCUGGUACCGCUUGCAGCUGUGGCCGCUGCGAAUUGUAUCAACAUUCCGCUGAUGCGUUUGCAAGAGUUGAAAAACGGCGUUUCACUUAUCGACGGCGAUGGCAAAGAACUGGGAGAAUCGGUACGCGCAGCAAAGGAAGGCAUUGGGGCGGUAACAUUUAGCCGUAUUUUGAUGGCUAUGCCAGGAAUGGUGCUGACCCCGGUGCUGAUGAAUUCGCUGGAAAAGCGAGGCUUCCUGAAACGGUUGCCCUGGACUAACGCACCGAUACAGACACUGUUCUGUGGGUUCCUUCUGACGUUUGCCACCCCGCUGUGCUGUGCUCUGUUCAGCCAGAAGGCAUCGAUUAACGUCGACAGACUGGAGCCUGAUGUGCGCGACAAGAUCCGAAAGGAACGUCCGGAACUGGAUGUCGUGUAUUACAACAAGGGAUUGUAAACGCGAGCUUAGGGAUAUUUUUCGUUUGCCUCAAACAGACCGGUAGCGCAAUUAUUUGUCACAUCACAUGUCAUCAGGGAAAACAAAGCAUUUACAUACAUCACAGACAAUAACUUAACGUUGUGUCAUGACAGAAAUGAAAUAGUCAGAAUCAGUCCUUGUUCUCUAGUCACGUGUCGUAUUCGCUAGACUGAUCCAAGGUUCUUUUUUUCAAAAAAUCUUGCUUCAGAGAUGCUAGAAUACAUUAUUUUCAUUCCAAAAGCACGUGUAGUAUAUCAAAUAGGAAGUCGUACAAAGCACAAAGAUUUAUGUACUCCAAUAUUAUGUGUUAAAUAAAUUGUGAGCUUAUGCAAAGAAGUACUAAUAUUGAUAUUGAUGAUUAUGAUUACACC